AUCCCACCCUAAAAUCUCCAUCUCGCUUGAAGCUCCACUCAAAAAACCCCCCAAAAAAACUCCGGAUCCUGGAUUAAGGCGCUCGUUGCUAAACUUUCUCUGUAUUGCGAAGCAUCCGGACAUCAGGUCCCGUCACUACCGCAGCAAUAGUUAGAGGCGAUUAAAGAAGGGGAACCAGCAAGCAUACAGCUGCGUGAAACAGGAAAAGAAAUCCAGAGAGAAUAACGGUCAGAAAUCCAGUUGUCACCGCGCUUUCGCAAAAUGGAUUAUCAGCGUUUAACGAGCCACGGCCAGCACCAAAAUCACGGCAUUGCCAACCCAGGUUACAUACCAGCAGCAGCGUGGCCAGCAGGUAUGACCUCCUACAAACCCGUAUUUCAACUACACCCUGAGCACAAGACGAGUUUUGAAGUUGUUGGUCUUUUUUUCUUUACGAGUGAGUUAACUUAGUAGUAACUUAGGUCUUUCGGUGACGUAACAUCUGGAGAUGGGCGGCGGCAACAUGUUUUUGGAGUUGCUGAAAUCUCAGAGCUUCGAGUUUCUCACUCAUACUUACAGACAUUUGACUGAAAUAUGGAGUCAGCAAAUCCAUAUCUUUGGAGUUGCUGAAAUUUCAGAGCUUGCAGUUUCUCACUCAUAUUUACAGACUGAGGGAUUAAGAUUAACCCUGAAGCUUCAAGUAAAUCAGGCUUUGGGUUUCGGAAAUCUGAAUGAACACCAUGACGGAAGGGCACGCAAUGUCUGCCCCACCUGUGGCGGAGCAUGCAAGCCCCAGCGCUCCUCCGGCUGGUAUGUUUGACAACAUGCCUGGAUAUGAAGGGACGGUGGCCGGAGGAGGUGGAUUUCUUCCACCUCCCAUGCCUGCUCAACCAGUCCCCCAGCCUUCACCUGGACCUGAACAACCACACUGGAAUAUCCCGUCUAUAACUGAAGACACUGCCAGGGACGCCUUUAGCCUGUAUGCUUCCAGCAAAUGUUGCUACAGUUCUGCACCUGCAAAGGACGGUGUCAUCAUCAACAUGGAGUCAUUCAAUACUUACAGGUAUCGCCUAGAAACAUUUACCGAGUCCAGGUCUACAGAGUGGAGCCAUGAGCCAUACAACGGCCAGCCAGUGGAUGCCUAUGUUCAGCACCCUCCAGGACCGUGGGACAUUCCUGCCAAAGCACCCACUUUUUUUGUGGAUGGCGAACAGAAAAUGAAGGUUCCCUACACCUCAUCUAUGAAGCCUUGCCAUGAUUGUUUAGGAAGCGGGAGGAAACCUUGCAAAGACUGUGCAGGCUGUGGUAAUAAAGUAUGUUGGGUGUGUAAUGGAUCUGGUUUUCGUCAUGGAGGUGAUCGUUGCCACCACUGCAGCGGAAGAGGGAGGGAAAAUUGUGCACACUGUCAUGGGCAAGGAUCAAAGCAAUGUACCACAUGUCAUGGAAAACAGCAACUUUUGGUCUUCAUCCUCCUCACUGUGAAAUGGACAAACAACUCUGACAAUUAUGUUGUUGAACAAUUGAGCGGUCUUCAGGUGUCAAACCUCAGUCAAGUGUCAGGCAAGGAGCUCUUCAGGGAUUCUCAGUACUUGGUGUAUCCAGUCAUGGGCUUCCCAGACCCUACAGUGGUGCAGGCUGCACAGCGACUUGUUGGGGAUCAUCAGGGCAAGUUCUUACGGACGUCACGUAUUCUACAACAGCGUCAAACCAUUGAAUUGAUCCCCGUCACGAAGGUCACCUACACAUGGAAAGGAAAAACAUAUGUUUACUUUGUGUACGGAAAUGAGUUCAAAGUUCAUACGAAUGACUAUCCUGCUACCUGCUGCUGCUCUGUAAUGUAAUUGAGAUGAAUGUAACAUUCUGAUUAUAUAAAUAAAUAUCAGAAAUCAACUAUUUGCAAAACCUUUUAAAACAAAGAAGAGACAUUUUUGAAGGAGUUAAAUUACUGUUGUCAACUAAAUAAUUUGGAAAAAGCAUCAACAGAGGCAGCAGUUGUGAACCAGCUGCAUCACCUCCUCGAAGUUUAUCAAAGUUGAAAUUAGGCAAUCUGGAAAACUGUCUGGUAAUUUACAAGUCCAUAAUUUUGUGUCUUUGUUAGAAAUUGACAAAAUAUAUUUGCUUCCAGUUUAAAGGGACCAUUUUGUUUUCUGCACACCAUGUAGAAGACAGUAUUAAUGUUGAUUUCAGGCUAAGUUGAUACAAAUGUGUGAUGACACUAUUACGCUUAAUGAUAUCUACUAAUUUAAAGGUUUUGAAACUACCUGCGCUGACAUUACAAAGUAAGGCAAUUUAAGAAAAAGACCAUUAUGAAGUGCACUGACACAAUUUAAAAACUAAAGACUGGGAAAGCAUCUGUCUUGUCUUUUUUUCCACCCCAGAAAAGUACAAAUUCAUGGGCAUAUUGCAUGGUAAUAUUUAUGUUGUCUGUGUUUUGUUGUUUGGAUAGAUUUAACAGAUUAUUUUCUAAUUUUGUUUGUGGUGUUAUUUGUUGUAAAAUAAAUAAAGGACACCACUUUAUUGGAGAUAAGAUUUAAUGUGCAUUACUUUGCAUUUAUGAAAUUUGAUGGCUCUUUAUGAAAUACUUCACAUUUAAUAUCCAUUCUCUUAACAGUCACUGACACAUGUAUUCUGAAUGCAUUGAUUUAUUUCAUUUAAACAUUAUGCAAAUAUAUUUUACAACAAUGUAUUUCAUGUAACAUGAAAAUUCUAUUUGUAAGAAAAUGCUGUGACGCUUUAUUAAAAUUCUUGCAUUAAAACAAAGGCUA